UUCCGGCCCGGGCGCCAGUCGUCGCGAGACGGAGACAGAGAGCGCGAGCGAGAGACUGAGGCGAUUCGGAACAAAUCUUUCGAUUAAAAUAAAACCUUCCCUUUUCCCUCCUUGAACAAUUCGGCAGCAGCGGGGAGGGUAGUUACCGACGCUGGAGUUCAAAAAUCAGGAAUUCUGUUUCAUGAGGUGUAAUGGUCCUCUGUCAGUAGACAGGUGAAGUUGCUUGCCGAGUGGAAGAAGACUGUCUUACGAGAUUCUUGCCAUGUGUGUACAAAGAAAAUGGGUGUUAAUGCUUCUACCUACCCAUAUCCAUCAUGUCCGACAGCUGGGGUGAAAACACAAUCUUCCAAUGCAGUCGAUGAAUCUCCUUCGCAUCCACAGUUUGGAUGUCAGCCAGAGGGGAAGUUCUGCAUCUCUGGGUUCAGCCAGGACAAACGUGAGAAGAAGCGGAGCUCUAACCUCGCCUUGCUGAAGAAGAAGCUGUUCAGGCGACGGAAGUCAGCCAAGGCAGCUGACCAUGCCAAACACAUGCGUGAACUCCUUUGCAGUUGGGACGUGCGGGAUGUAGGUCUGUUGGUGAAGCAGUAUGAAGCCGCAUUGGCUGUGAAGGAGCUGGUGAUUCAGGCAUGUGUAGCCAGACCAGAGGCCAGCCGGUUAAAUGAAGACCUGGCAAAGCUGUAUCAGUUCAAGUACUGUACAGAUGUGGACCUGGUAUUCCAAGGUACAUGCUUUCCUGUCCACCGUGCUAUAUUGGCAGCCCGGUGUCCUUUCUUCAAAACUCUCCUUUUAUCCAACUUGGACCGUGCUGAGCUAGUCAUGGACAUCAGCACUGUUGGAAUAGACAUGCAAAUACUGUCAUCCCUUUUACACUACUUGUAUAGUGGAGAAUUUGGCAUGCAAGAUUCCCAAAUUAAGAAUGUUGACAUUUUGGUCCGCCUCAGCGAAGAGUUUGGGAUGCCGAAUGCUCUUCACUUCGAUAUCUACAGCCUCCUGGAGAGCUCCUGCUAUUAUGAUGCAGUCCUAAGCUUUACCUCUAACCCUGACGCCUCUGACAACUUUGAAGGAUGCUGCCUAGAGGGAGAGUUCCGCUGUCACAAGGCCAUCCUGUGUGCUCGCUCUCCAUUCUUCCGCAAUCUCCUCCAGAAGCGCAUUCGCACUGGUGAAGAGACCACAGACCGGACCUUGCAGACUCCAGCUAGGAUUGUGUUGAAUGAAGCAAUCAUUCCAAAGAAAUACGCAAAAGUUAUUUUGCACUGCAUGUACACUGACCUGGUUGACCUAGACUUGGUUCUGCCUUUCAGCCCAUCAACUGGUAGCUUAAGAGAAGUGCAGGAUGAAACUGGGAAGGACAGUGAGACCCGAUUGGAAAGUGCUAUGGAGCUGUUCCAUAUAGCACUCUUCAUUGAGUUCGAUAUGCUGGCACAAGGCUGUGAGGACCUGAUUGUUGAGAGUGUCACACUGGACUCUUUAAUUCCUAUCCUGAAGUGGAGCUCUCAACCAUAUGGAUCUAAGUGGGUCCAUCGGCAAAUGCUGCAUUUCCUCUGUGAGGAGUUCAGUAACGUCAUCACUUCUGACAUUCUGUAUGAGCUGAGCAAGGAGCACCUGAUGGCUGCCAUCCAGUCAGAUUACCUGCAGGCAAGUGAACACGAUAUCCUGAAGGCUGUGAUUAAGUGGGCAGAAAACCAGCUGGCAAGGCGUCUGUCAGAUGAAGAGCCCAAUUUACUGAACGGGACAGCGCACAGUGUCAACAAACGUGGAGUGAAGAAGCGAGACUUAGACUCGGCCCAACUCCGUGAAAUAGUUUCCGAUCUGGUGCCACACGUUCGCAUUGCUCACAUCCUUCCAGCAAAGAGCGAGAUCUUGGCUGAUGCUAUGAAGAGAGCGUUGAUCAGCUCGCCCCCACUGGACAUGCUCCCUCCCCCAGAGGGCAGGAAAUCCAGGGCAUGGUUUUGCCUUAAGGCCUCGGGCAUCGGUGCCAAGCCCCGAUUGUUUACCCCAUACAUCGAGGAAGCCAAGAUUGUUUUGGAAGAACUCAUGUCGGAGCAGACGAGCUUGGAAAAGGUACGAAUGAGUCGGAUUUCUAGCGUUCCAGAUACACUCUACAUGGUCGACUCUAGUGUGGCAGACUUUUCACGCCUGAAUGCUGGAUCCCCCCAUGGCUGCGAUGAAAGUGUUUCUGCAACUCUCCAUGAAGAAGUACCUGGUAAGUUAAUGCACGAUUUGGUUUCUUCCUUCUACAGUCUCUGGAACUUGGAAGUCCAUACUUUUGAUGCCUCAGACUCAAAUAUUCCAACCACCUUGCACCUUCAUUACGGCGCUGCCUUGGUGACGAUACUGUAGUUUUUGUAUUUCAGUCUCUGAAGUGGGAAUUGAACUGACUUUGAGAUGUGUGAUACCCACUAAGACAACUGACAACC